CGGUUCCCUCUUCGAGCCUCCCCCCGGUGCUUGCCCCGCGCAUGUCGGUGUAACACGGGGUUUGACAGCCUCAGUCUCCGGUGGGGACGGUUACGCACGGGAGGGCACCCGGCUCCGUGAGCCCGGACGGGACCCGCUCACCAUGCUCUUCCCCGGGGAGAGCUCCUGCAACCUCACGGCCGGAAACUGCACCGGAGGCUUCGACUUCCCGCAGCCCCUGGACCCCGGGGCCCCCGCGGGGAACCUCAGCGGGAGGAGGAACGCCACGGACCCGUUCGGACGGAACGAGGAGGUGGCCAAGAUCGAGAUCACCGUCCUGAUCCUGUCGUUCAUCGCCGCGGUGGUGGGGAACCUGAGCGUCCUGCUGGCCAUGCACCGGACCCGGAGGAAGCCGUCGCGCAUGCACCUGUUCAUGAAGCACCUGAGCCUGGCGGACCUGGUGGUCGCCUUCUUCCAGGUGCUGCCGCAGCUCUGCUGGGAGAUCACCUACCGCUUCUACGGCCCCGACUUCCUGUGCCGCAUCGUGAAACACCUGCAGGUGCUGGGCAUGUUCGCCUCCACCUACAUGAUGGUGAUGAUGACCCUGGACCGCUACAUCGCCAUCUGCCACCCGCUGAAGACGCUGCAGAAGCCCACGCAGCGCGCCUACCUGAUGAUCGGCUCCACCUGGGCGGUCAGCCUGGUGCUCAGCAGCCCGCAGUACUUCGUGUUCUCCCUGAGCGAGGUGCGCCCCGGCUCGGCCGUGUACGACUGCUGGGGUCACUUCAUCCAGCCAUGGGGCGCGCGCGCCUACAUCACCUGGUUCACCGCCGGGAUCUUCCUCGUGCCGGUGCUCGUGCUCGUGCUCUGCUACGGGUUCAUCUGCCAAGCGAUCUGGCAGAACCUGAGGUUCAAGACCCGGAGGAAGAGCGUGGGCGCGGUGGCGGAGUCCACGAAGAACGGGAUCCUGGGCCCGAGCUCCGUCAGCAGCGUCAGCACCAUCUCCCGUGCCAAAUUACGCACGGUGAAGAUGACUUUCGUGAUCGUGGUGGCGUACGUGGUGUGUUGGGCGCCUUUCUUCACCGUGCAGAUGUGGUCCGUGUGGGAUGAGACCUUCUCCUGGGACGACUCUGAGAACACCAUUGUGACGCUGUCCGCUCUGCUGGCCAGCCUCAACAGCUGCUGCAACCCCUGGAUCUACAUGAUCUUCAGCGGACCCCUCCUCUCGGACUUCGCCCGCAGCCUGCCGUGCUGCCGCCGGCUCAGGAGCAAGUUCAGCCACCAGGACUCGGACAGCAGCAGCCGGCGGACCACGCUGCUGUCCCGCCUGCAGGCUCCGCGCCUUUCAGAGCCGUUCAGAGACUUGAACUCCAACCCUGGGAAACACGGUCAGCAGGUCCCGUCCACAUCCUGACCCCCGGGUCACUGGGAACAUGGGUUCACCUGCUGGUUUGCAGCGGUGAAGGAAGGUGACCUCCUCUGAGGGCGCGGUCACAGAGACAGUGUGUCCACGUUGGUUCGAUCCACAGUGGAAACUCAGCGGCAGGUUCUGAUGCUGGUUCGUUUCCGUUCACGUUCUCACUGGAGAUCAAAACGACUCCGGUCACUUUCACUUCAGAUAUUUACACUUUGUUCUCGUGCUCGUUGUUGUGAUCGUGUCAAAUAGAUGAAAUAUGACUGAAUGUGAGCAUCUGUCCGCACUGAGAUUCAUUUUGAGACGCAAGAGGAAACUACUGGUGUGUGUCAAACGUCCACACUCGAGUCCUAACGGGGUCGUUUCCUGUUGAGUUGAGUGAAGUGGAGACGGACUGAUCAGCUGCGGGAAGCGAGAAUAAACUUGUGAAAGCAACAAAUGAGACAUUGUAUAAAAUGUAAAUUACUGCAUCUGGUUGUAUUUACUUGUAGAUCUGGUUUAGAUUUUAAUGUCAAGUUUACAAGCUUAAUUUUUUGAGCACUUCAUCUGUGACAUGAAUUUUCCUUUUCUCCCUUCGUUCAUGUGUGAGCCACUGAUCUCAGGACGGAGGUCUGGACCUCGUCCAAGAAACCUCCGGCUCUGGAGACUUAACAGGAUCAACUCAGUUUGUUUUGGUUUUUCGUGGAAGUUAUUCACAGCGAGAUAUCGUUGAUCCUUUACACACAUUUAAUGUUUUUACUGAAACAAUCAUUAGUAUUCUUUUUGACCUGAGACGCUUUUAUCUGAGAAAUGUGCGUCUUCUCGCUCCGUGUCAGUUUGAAACGACUCUGCAUCUCAACAUUAUAGGAAAUGUACGAGUUCUGGAUACAUAACAGACAUAUGAUCAGUUUCUGUGUCGACAUCAUGAACUCGUGAGCAAACAGCUUCUCCACAUCCAGCAGUGAAGAGACGACUCACGUGGACUUUGUGUCCAGCUGAUCGCUCUCAGCCUCUUUUAGCUCUUUUUGGUCUCCACCACCUCCUGAGGGACACAUCCGGCUCUGCAGCUGCUAAACGCUCCAGGUAGUUCACCUGCCAGAUUCUCUCUAAUGUAGAUAAGAGUGUUUACAUAUCACACACUGAAUCAUCAGCCGCCUGUCACCACCAGCUGAUCCAGACUGGAAAAGACCCGGUCCAUCGUCAGUGGUCACAAACAAAUCCAGUUCAGAAUCAUCUCAACCUGUCAGAAACCAUCAAACAAUCAUAAUAAACGUCUUUAAACGUCGGAGAGCUUCUACCUCCACUGCAACAAGACAAGAAACUGGAUUCAGAGAACGUUUCAUUAUAAAAGAACAUUAAUCUGUUCAUGCAGAUUCAUCUCCUACAUCUCACUCAGUUGCACGUUAACAUCAGUCACUUUGACCGUUCGAUAGAAAAGAUCAAUCUAUUAAUCAAUAUACAGGAUGUUAAUGAGAAUUUAAACUGCACUUUUCUUUAAAUAUAUAAACAAUAUUAGGUGGUGAAUAUUCAUGUUUGAGUUGAUGUGUUUAUAACUUGCACACACACACACGUGUGAUGGAGUUUAUAACAGCUCAGCUUUACUCUCCCUGUCGUUGUUGUAAAGUGUAAAGUUGUUUUUUUAGUAACGUAACGUUUUCUGUCCCACUGUUAAAUGUUCUAAUAUUACACACACACAUAUAUACAUAUAUAUAUAUAUAUUGCACAUGUAAAUAAAAGUUAUUCCUUCGUAUCUCCCAAAGACUGUUUUCUGCCCAGCAUGUUCAGGAACACACGUGACCUGUUUUAAACGUUGUGUUUUUCUGGUACUGUCAACCUUUGCAUUAUUCCAACUUCCCCUCUAGCGCCACCGUCAGGUCAAAUAUGUAAUCUGUAAAAUAUUUUUAGUACAUGAACAACGGUUAAGUAUAAAAUAAAAUGCUACAGAGA